AGCGGAGCGGGGCUGGGGAGCACCGGAGAGCGGCGGAGAGUGACCGGCGCGGCGUUGCCAUGACGACGAGGACGGCGCACCCCUAUUGGCCGCGCUCGCUGCCGUUGCCGGGUUACGUCGCCGCCGCGCUGCCCGGCUGGCAGUGCGCAGGCGCGGUGGGCGUGGCCGCGGCGGGGCUGCUGGCGCUGGGUUGGCUGCUGGGCGGGGCGAGGGGCGGGGCUUCGCGGGGCCACGCCCACCGGCUGACGCUCGGCUGGUUCCUCAUGUGCACCGGCAUCCAUGGGGUGCUCGAGGGCUUCUUCAGCCUCCGGCACCGGGACCUGCCCCAUAGCACCGGACUGCUGGCUGAUGUCUGGAAGGAGUACGCCAAAGCCGACAGCCGGUACAUGACGAGCGAUGAGUUCACGGUCGCCAUGGAGACGGUGACAGCCUGGACCUGGGGACCCCUCAGCUUCCUCACCUUCCUCGCCCUCCUGCGCCGCCACCCAGCCCGGUACAUCCUGCAGCUCAUUGUGUCCCUCGGGCAGCUCUAUGGGGACGUGCUGUACUUUGCCACGGAGGCGCUGGCAGGAUGGACCCACAGCGACCCACGGCCCCUCUACUUCUGGUUCUACUUCGUGGGGCUGAACGGGGUGUGGGUGCUGGUGCCCUGUGCCCUCCUGGCUGACUCCUGCCGCCGUCUCACCGCUGCACAGCGAGCCCUCGACCGGCCCCGCCACAAGAGCCACUGACCACGGCUGCCAAUGGUCCCGUCUGCAGCACCCGGUGCCAGAUCCCCCCAUGGGGCAGCACCGGAUGGUGUCCUCCAGGGUGUCCUGGGGCUUGUGUGGGCCCCAUGAGCUCAGGGAUGUGGGGCCGGACCCAUGGGGGGGUCACCCCAUAACUGUGGCUGUGAUGGGUUAAUAAAGGAGCUGAGAUUGGA